CUUCGGAUCAUCCUCAGGGAUGUUUCCCAGACCGUCGCCUAUAGCCCAUUGUGCAGCUCUAGUGCGACGUAAAUGAACGAAUCAAAUGUACCAAUAAAUAAAUAAAAAUGAACUCAACAAGAAGCAUAGGCUGUCUCACCAACUUCUACCUUUUCUCCUCUAUUAAAAUUUCAGCAUUGAGUUUGAAAGUUUGCUUAUUUGUUUUGCACUGUACUCUUACGUCUAAUUUGAGGUAGUUUGUUGAAAAUUGCUUAAAUGUCUACAGAAGGAAAAACUAAAAAAAAUAUUGAAACUUCUGAAAGGAAAGCUGCUGCGACAUCAGAGGAGAAACAAUCUACCAUUGAUCCUAUUUCUCGCAUGCCGUCGUCUGACUCUUCCACGAACCUAUCGUUGCAACAACACAUCGAAGACACUGCUGCAGGGGCAACUGGUGGAACCAAUGUACCAGAAAUUACUGUAUCAGAGGCAGCUUAUGCCAGCCCGUCAAGAUAUUCUUCAAAACAAUCCACGGAACCGAAAAGAUGUAGAAGUUUGAGCCCAAAUAGAAAUAUCGACCCUAGACAAUCUCCUCGAAAAUCAGGUUUUUCAGGCGCUUUAUCAGACAUUAAAGGUUAUUUAUCAGGUUCUAAACUUGUUAAAGGUGCCAAAGAAGCUUACACAGACACUGUAACAAUAUUUAAAAGUGGUAUUAGAAGUGUUUCGUCCUCUCCAGAGAAAAAUUUACUAGUUAGAGAAGAAUCGGAAAGUGAACUUCCUUAUGCAAAAGAGGAAGACGAUCUAACAUAUUUUGGUUUUAUUGACCCAGAUAUUGUGGAAAAAGAAGAUCCUGAAACUGAGUGUAUGACAGACAGUACAUCUAUAAUUUCAUUAGACACUGCCGUUUUAGAAACAGAAAUAUCUCCUGAAAAAUCUUCAAAAAAGUCUAUGAACUAGUAAAUUUUUUAAAAGAUCUCCGAAAAGACAAAAAAAAAUGUCUCCAAGAAGUAAAUUUGUACUCUUUGAGACUUUUAUUGCAUUUACAAGGUUACGCUAUCUUCGCACUCUUCACAUCUUCCCCCUCUUCAUUGCUAUGGUAUCACCAAAUCUUGCGUUUUUUCCCAUGACAGUACGGUACAGUAAAAAGUUCGGGUUCAGUACUUGCUCGGGGAAAGACUUGCUGAAAGUAUGGUUAUGGACAGGAGGAAGUGUGGAGAGUGGGGGAAAUCGCGUAGACUUUCAACUUAUUUUAAUUUGCAAAGAGUAUAACAUCAUUCUCUGUUACUCAUUCAAUUCAUAAAUGAGUUCUGUUGAAAGUUUUUUUUAGUUCCACUCUAAUUGUACAAGAUGUUUUUUAUAAUAAAGUUCUGCGCAGUUUUAA